UUAAUACUGUUUGAAUCAAUAGCCAACAUGAUGGCCCCUCCCAAGAAGGCAAGUAAAUAGGCACUAUUCAUGAAAGAAAAUAUCAUAAAAAAGAACAUGAGGCCAGAAAAAGAAAGAAAAAAAAGGGAGACAAAAAAACUUUCGUACUUCAUCAAAUUCUACCAUUAAAAGGGGCAUUGAACAACACAAAGAACUCAUCCAAGUAGAGAAGAACAAGAACAAGAACCAAACCCAGAACCAGAACCAGCUCCAAAUCUUCACCCAUAUGGAUAUUGAAAAAGUUUUCCACAUGAAUGGUGGAAUUGGCAACAAUAGCUAUGCCAAAAACUCCCAUCUUCAGAAGAAAGGUUCAGAUAUGGUAAAGCACAUAACAAUGGAGGCCAUAGAGCAAGUUUACCUUUCCACCGGCGCUCCUGCGAGCUUCGGCAUCGCCGAUCUGGGCUGCUCCUCCGGUCCAAAUUCGCUAUCGAUCGUCAAAGAAAUAAUCCAAGCCGUUCAAUCGCUAAGCUCCAGUCAUCUCCAGCCGCCGCCGGAGUUCCGCGUCUAUUUGAACGACCUUCCGACCAACGAUUUCAAUUCCAUCUUCAAAGCCCUCCCCGAUUUCUGCAGAGAGCUUCAAAACGAAGGGAAAAAUCAAAAUCCAUCGGGGUUUUUCAUUGGGGCCUAUCCAGGCUCAUUUUACCAGAGACUUUUCCCCAAUAAUUGCUUGCACUUUGUCUAUUCCUCUUACAGCCUCCACUGGCUUUCUAGGGUUCCUGAGGGACUUCGAAAUGAAUUGGGGGAACCACUGAACAGAGGCACCAUUUAUAUAUCGGAGAGGAGUCCGAUUUCCAUAGCGGAGGCUUACGUGAAGCAAUUCCGGCGAGAUUUCGGGGAGUUCCUGAGGAAGCGAGCGGAGGAGGUGGUUUCCGGCGGCCGGAUGGUGCUGAUCUUGCUCGGAAGAGACGGUGCCGAUCAUGUCGAUAGAGGAAAUUCCUUCUUGUGGCACCUUCUUGCUCGCGCCUUCGCCAUCUUAGUCUCGCAGGGAAAAGUGAAAGAGGAGGAGGUAGAUAGAUACGACGUGAAUUUCUACGCACCGAACAAAGAUGAGAUAGAAGAGGAAGUAAAAAGAGAAGGGUCGUUCGGGUUGGAGAGAAUAGAGAAGUUUGAGUUAGAAAAGAAGGUGAAAAACGGCGAGAGCUACGGGAAAGAAGUGGCAAAGACUGUUAGAGCCAUUCAAGAAUCUAUGAUAUCUCACCAUUUCGGUGAUGCAAUUUUGGAGUCUUUGUUUCAUAAUUACAGUACCAUUUUGGACGAAGAAUCUGCCAAACAAGAUAUCAAACCCAUCUCUUUUGUUAUCGUUCUUACAAAGUUUUAAAUUAUUUAUUUUGAAAAAAUUCUUAGUCUCACAUUUUUUGUAAUAUUUCUACUUCAUUUCUUAUCGAUUUAGUGUCGUUCUAAUUGUCUCA